UCAGCAACGGUAUUCUCAUCAUCAACAUAACUCCUUUCUCUCGCCGUCAUUCACUGAUUUGCUUUUGACCUGCCCCUCCCGGCAAUGGCAGGCCUUUUCCAUGGCCACCUUCUCGAGUUUCCCCGUAUCAGGGUGGAUUGCUUCACCCCACCGCCCCCUGCUCACCGGCCUCGGUGGACACUUCCAGACCCGUUCGACCCCAAGCUACCUUGCAUCCCGGCUCCCAAUGCGCAAUACUACCUCUUGACUCAUGUGCACUCGGAUCAUCUAGUCGGUCUCACCAACGAUUUUACUGGCAACAUCAUCUGUUCCCCUGACACCAAGCGCAUGCUCCUGCGCCUCGAGGCCGAGAAGGAUCGCGAACAUCUCCGCAACGGAGUGCGGGAAGUAAAACGACGCAAGUAUGAGGGUCUAGCUGCGCGAAGCCAAAUCAUCGAGACUUUGGAUUAUGGGCAGAGCAAAGUGGUGCAUAUCCCGGAACCCGUCACGAUCACUCUCUUGGAUGCCAACCACUGCCCUGGGUCCGCCAUGUUCCUUGUCCAGAAUAGCACUAAGGCUAUUUUGCAUACUGGAGAUGUACGCGCAGACCUCACCUUUCGACAGGCACUGCGCCGCUGCCCUCAACUUCAAGCAUUUUUCCCGUCGGCCCCCAAGCAUCCUGCAUCCGACGACUUCCCAGCAACCCGUCAACUCGACCGCAUCUACCUGGACACCAGUGCCUUCAUGGGUACUGGAGACAUGCCACAAAAGGAACCUGUCAUUGAUGCUCUAGUUACGCAGAUGAGCCUCUACCCGGAGGACACAGUGUUCUUUAUCAACGCCUGGUGCUUUGGGUGGGAAGAGGUUGUCAUGGAGGUCGCUCGACAUUUCAACCAGCCGGUGCACGCCGACCGUUAUAAGCGCAGCAUCUAUGGCGCCGUGCAAAGCAACCCCUUCCUGCUGAACUGCACCACUGACGACCCCAGAGCUACACGCUUCCAUGUUUGCGAUCGUUUUGGCCGCUGUGAAAUGGCUAGGAACAGGGAUGUUGUACAGGUCGUUCUGGUCGAAGCAAAAUCCACUGCAUGGGAGCUGCAAAACCAGCAGCGUCUCAAUGAGCUCAACAACGCAGCGCUGGGGGAAGGCAAAUGGCCUAUGCAGAUCGAGGUUCCCAUCGCGCGUCACUCGCCAUUGCCAGAGCUACAGGAGCUUGUCAAGAUGUUCAAACCGGCAGCAGUCUCGCCUAACACCCUUGUUCCUCAACACAACGGUCUCGACUACUUGCUUUUCGCCGAUCUUCUCAGGGUGGCCGUCAGCAAUGAGACGUACGACAAGAUGCUAGCAGAGCGUGACCUCUACUUUGCGACGUCGACCCGCUUCGGACGGGCCUGGCUUGCACGGACGCAGGGCUUCCAAGCAGAGCUCUUGGCACUUGUGCUGGCCGACUCGCAGAAUACAAUGGCUUCGUGGUCAAACCUCGACGAUGGUCUUGCAAUGCCACAGCGCGACAAUCGCGGCGCGUGGGUCCUUGAUCAGGCCAUGCGGAUUGCUGGAUCCAGCGUCCAGACGCCCUCUCCCUCAAACAUGAGGUCUCAAGGCACCCCUGCUAACGCUGCCCGUGGCUUUCACCACGUCCAGAAACCUGUCCGCACUAGUCCGAGUUCCAGCCCGACGCUCCCUACAGGGUCGCCCCGUGUCAAGAAGGAGGCAACUGCACUUCCGCCUCCUGGAACUUCCGCUAACGGCGACGCCGCUCCGAGCACACCGUCGCCAUCUCGCAACGCGAGGCCGGCCACCUCCUCCGCACGGGUAUCGCUCUGCAGCUCAAACGGGGUUAUUAGGCCUGAGGCAUCACUCGGGGCUGCUUCCUCCCGUAUGUCUGCCGGAGAGACGAGGGUGUGCGAAGCAGCAUCCGCCGCAGAGAAGGUGGGCGCUUCCACCCCGCCGGCUGGUCGUCAUUUCAAGACGGAAUCGUCGCGGACUUCCAAGUCCCAGCCAUCGCGAAGCACAGCUCGCCCCGCCUCGCGCGGGCUCAAGCGCGAGCGGCGCGAGUCAAGCUACCGCGUAAACAUCGCUCAUCUCGGCGACUUGGCCAGUGCUCGCAGAUGUGGCACAUGAUUGCUCCAGUAUAUGCGGUUCGUUAUCCUCCCCGUUUCCAUGUUCACUUGUAUCACAUUUGCUUCAAGCUUCUGCGCGUGUGUCCCAGCACUGCAGCCCCUGUAGCCAGUCAACAGAACUCGUCCCCAUCCCCUGUAUCCUCCCUCGCAUGUACAUUUCACUCAGAGCGAUUCGAGGAGGCUCCCUCAUCUUUAUGUGGCAUUCCCGCUGCUGGAACGCAGUGUUGUAAGCGAAGCAUGUAACCAGUGUGCACUAUCCCG